AUGGACUAUCUCUUUGGUGGGCGAAAGCCAGCAGCGGAGACGAUACCAGGUGAUCGGGUGCGGCCACUGCACUUUUUCGAGAACAAUCUGCUCGUGCAAGGUAACAACAUGUCUGGUUUAGCGGUGUUCGACGAGGUGCUCGAUCCAGAAGUGCUUCGGGAGGCAUUGGAGGGUGUGGUCAAGCGGCCAGGGUGGGAGAGGCUUGGAGGACGGCUGAAAAGGAAUGCGUCCACGGGCAAAAUCGAGUGGCACAUCCCCUCCGAGUUCACACCAUCCAGGCCAGCACUCACAUAUUCCCACGUAGCCCACGACAUGCCCAUCGCAGCCCACCCGGCCGCCUCCCGUAUUCCUAAACCAAGCACCCCGACCUGGUCUGGGCGGACGGCUACCGCCCCAACGGCAUCAAAAGACUACAUCGACACAGACGCCCCCGUACUGGGCCUUCGUGUGCACACCUUCCACGACGCGACCCUCGUCGCCCUUCAGUGGCAACAUGUCGCUUUCGACGCGCUGGGGCUGAAGUACGUGCUCGAGGCCUGGAGCGCCAUGCUCUGGGGGCGCAGCGGGCCCGACGAUAUCCCCACGCCGCUCGGCGGACAAGAAGGCAGCGAUGGCAGCGACCCCUUUGGCAUGACUCUGGCGCAGGGCUUGCCCCCAGCGACGGGUGAGCAGCACGUUCUUGCGGACAGGAGGGUUGGGAUUUUCGGUAUCGCUAUGUGGGGGCUCGGGUAUGGCAUCGAUACGGCGCUGCGCGCAAAGGAAAAUGGCAUGAUGUGCGUGCCGGCGUCGUACUGGCAGCCGCAGCUGGAACGGGCCAUGACGGAGUUGCGCCGAGAGGCUGUCGAGAAGGGAGAGGACCCGGCCAAGGUGUUCCUGACCGAGAACGAUAUCAUCACUGCCUUCAUCCUGCGAUGUGUUGUUUCUGCGGCGUCUAUGGAUCCUGAUCAGCUGGUAAACGGCUCUAUUGCCAUGUCCCUCCGGAAGGCCUUUGAGGGAGCGGAUGGCCUAAUUCCCUUGUCCACGCACCACCCUUAUGUAGGGAAUGCCUUCGGAUGGGCACACGUCCUCGUCCGAGCUGGAGAUGUCACUUCGAACCCACUGAGCUGGCUCGCGCGCCAUGUCCGGCGCGCCAUCAAUACGCAAGGGACACGCGCACAACAUGAGGCGUAUUACGCCCUGGUCAAGGCCUCGGGCACGGGACUGCCCAUCGUGGUGUUUGGUGACGGUGGGAUGGCCCAAGUUGGUUUCUCGAAUUUGUCGAAGGCGGGCUUGUUUGAUCUUGAUUUUGCGCCCGCUCGCAAGGGGAAAGACGAGGGACAGGAUGCGAUGCCGCGGCCUUGCAAGCCUGUAUACGCGCAAGAGAAUCACGGGCCUAUCAAGCCGGUAGAUGGCUUUUUCGUUCUGGGUAAAGAUAGUUUGGGCAACUAUUGGACGUCUGCGUACAAGCUGAAGGGAGCGUGGGAGAAAAUACAAGAGCAGCUUGUGAAGGAAUUUGGAGAUUGA